CCUGCCAUUUCUUAGAGACUCCACGGGCCCGUCGACCUUCGCGGUCCCAUGACCUGGGCGCUGACGGCGGCGCUCACAGCGGCGCUGCCAUGCGCGGCCGAGAUGGAGCUGACGCUCGCAGAGGCGAUGCCGGGGCCGGUGCUGCCACCCUGCGACAACUGGCAGAUCUCCGUGCUGGAGGAGUGCCCCAACGCCACGCUGGACGGCCUCUCCUGGCCCCGCUUCCAGCGGGACCUCUACGCCGCCCGCGCCGAGGUCUUCGGCGACGGCCUGGCGGAGGCCACCCGGGCGGUGUGGGGCCUGGUGGCAGAGGCCACCGCGAACUUCUCCCAGGCCUUCGCGUGCCCCGGGGCGGUGGUCAGCGGCUACUUCACCCUGGCGCGGCUGCUGGCGCAGCAGGGACGCAAGAGAAGGGCACUGGCGAUGCUGCACCUGGGCUUCAUCUUCGUGCGUGACCGGGGCUUCAGCGAGUGCUCGACCUGGCCGGCGGCGGGGUGGGACGUGAUGCUGGCAGGGCAGGUUCUCACGGAGCGCGUGCGGCAGCUGGACGACGGUCUCAGACCCGCCGCGGGAGGCGACGUGCGGGAGGCGGCGCUGCGGGUGGCGGUGGUGACCAUCUGCGCCUAUGCGGAGGAUGAGCCGGUGCGGGUGCUCUGCGCGCAGAACCGGCGCUUGUACCAGAUGCUCCACGGCUACGACCUGCACUUCUUCACGGAUGCUUCGCAGAUUCAGCCCAACGUCCGGGCGCAGAUGGACGUGAAGGAUGGCGUGCACAAGCCCUUCUUCUGGAAGGUCAAUGCGGUUAAGAAUGUCCUGGACACGGGGAACUACGACUGGGUGUUAUGGAUCGAUUGCGACGCCUUCUUUAUGGAUCCCACGCGCACCAUCGACUCGGUCAUCGCCAUGUACAGCAACCUCUCACAUCUUCCGCAGCCGGGGGAAGACGCUUCGGCGGAAGAGCUGGAGAUGUGGCGGAAGAUGUGGCCGGAGGUGGAGGUCUCGCUCAUUCUCGCCGUGGACUCAACAGGUAUCAACAACGGGGUGUGGUUGCUGAAGAACACCUUCUGGUCCCACGAGUUCCUGCAGCGCUGGUGGCGCUCCGACAUCUUGCAGGGCCCGGGGAAGGACCACAACUGCAGCGAUCAGUCCACGAUGCUCCACGCCUUGCUGCAGGAGCGCGCCCUGCGGCAGGACGGCGCCGAGCUGUGGGACGCCUAUGAGGCGCCAAUCUACCCUCCGGAGGUGCGGGUGGCGCGCCAGGAGCACCUGCAGAGCUUCCACCAGGCCACCGCCCAGAGCGCUCUGAGCCGCGCCUGGCAAGACGGGGACUUCAUCAAGCACCAUCCGGGCUGCCACUACUACAAGGCGCCUUGUCAGCAGCUGUACCAAGAGGCUCAGGACAUCUUCUGGAACAAAGUCCUUUUGGCGCAGAGCUGGGCAGAAGACAUCAAGAAGAACGGCAUGAGCGCUCUGGAGAAGUACUGGGGCGACGAGAAGCUCAUGGCAAAGAUCUCCAAGGGGCCUGCUCCCCACGCGAAUUGUGUCAACGAGUUGGCCCUCUACCCCGGAAAGCAGUUUGUGCGCCACAGCGCUUCCGUAGAGCAGUUUUUGGGCAGAAGUUCCGAGUCCAAGACGAGCUCGGCCUUCUGA